AUGAGCGCCUCGUUACUCUUACAAUUAGUCCUCACUGGCACCCAAACUCACUACGAAAGCCCCGGGUUGAUCGAUGAGAAGAGAUUGGAACACCUGUUGAUCGCUGGCAAACAAAUUCUCUACAAGUCGCAUCAAGAGAGCGACGUCCGGUCGGCGCUGGGGUUCAACCCUCGAAUAUGGGAGAGCUUGACAGCGGUGCUGAAACAUGCCCUUCCGGCGCUCGAACAACAAUCCUUUACCUACAAACACCCUCCGCAUCUAGGCUUUGGCGGUAGCAGCUCCGAACUCAUUGCUGCCCACUACCUUAAUCUCGUCAAGGACAUUGAACGGCUCAACGAUCUCUGUACCAUCGCGCGCAACCUCCUCGCCACCACCAAAAAGGCGCAGAACCUCGCAGCGGAGAAAGGGUUCGAUCAACAGAUCCUCAAACUCAUCGAUGUCUGUGUUAAGGUCACAGCUCGGGGGUUCGACGGCGAGGCAAACCCUCGGAACGAGGAGAGAUGGCAAAAGGUGGUGAAUCUGUACAAGAGGCUGUUGAUCACUUGUCUGCAGUUCUUGCAUAACUUUAUCAUGCACAAUGAGCAGCGAAAAUUGGUUCUGUGGCUGGAUCUGUUCGGACAGUCCCAAGGGAAUGAUGUUGACGACGAAGGCAGUCAGCCAGACCAGCAGACUGUUGAAGAUGAAGGCAAGGACCACGCUGCGAAGGAGGACAGGAUCAGGUCGACCGUCGAGAAACUGCCGCGAAGAGUGGGUCGGCUUCCGAUGGAUGGAGAUGACCCCGGGUACAACAUCGACGAUGUCCAUGCUCUGUUUGACCUCAUGAGCACCAACAAGGAGCCGGACGAAAAUACUCAAAAGGCGGCAAAAGUGCUCAUGGACAAGAUCCGUUCAGACAUGGAAACUUUGUCGGGUAUGAACUCGAAUCAACUGGACGAUAGCCCGGAUGUGCUGUUGAAAGUGGGAGCUGAACUUCGUGCUUGGCUGCAGACAAAGGAGGAUGUUACGACCACCGAGACCCAUUCUUCACAGGUCAAGCAGGUUGCCGAGAAGAUCAUGGCUUUAACUCAAGUCAAUGGCUACAAACCUGGUGGCAAAAUAAAGGAUUCUCAAUGGAGCGAUCUACCCGAGCCGGGUUCGUAUGGCGACCUGAACGAAUCCGCCCAGGAUUUGACAGAAGAAGACUUGAGCAUGCCCCGAACCGCUCAGUCUGCAGCGGCGACGUUAAAGGAAGCAAAGGACGAACUCAUGGCUCGACUGCAUCCACGGCCGACUCCUAUGGUGGAUUAUGACGGGCCGGAAUAUGAUGACGAUGUUGACCCAGAAGAAUAUGAACUUGAAGACGACGAAGACGACCUCAUCAGCGUCGGGGAUAGUAUGGAAGACGACGACUACCGCGGAUCAGGGGAUCAGGAACGCGGUCUCCUCACCGACGUUCCCCUGGUCCUUGGACCGACCGAGAUUGAAGCAUUACCCAUGAUCAUUCAAGCAGGCAUUGUGGACAAUUUCGGCUCCAAGAACGGCACUACCGCUCAUCAGCAGGGUCUGAAAAACAUGCAAGCGGUUCGCUGUCACAUAUUACUCGCUCAAGAAGCAGGACGUAACGUUCUGCGGGAGCUGCUGAUAUUUAUCGCCGCGUGGGAUUUGCCAGAUGAUGAGUUUUAUUUCAAAAUGAUGGUGCAGAUCAUGGAAUCCAUCCUGAAAAACGGGCUAAUGUCCCAUGCCUACGCGGACUUUGGCCAACCCAAGGACAUCAUCUCCCCAGCGCAAGCUGUUGUUAUCAAGAUUCUGACGCAUAUCUUCCGCGCGAAAUAUAGUCCUCCUUCGGCAGCGCAACAGCAGCAGAAUGCGGCAGGUGAACAACCACCUACAGCACAGCAGCAGAAACCUCGCCUGAAUCCGUCGCCGCUCAGCCGUGUGGACGUUCUCACCGUCCGUUAUAUUUUUAUCGUCUUCCGAGGCAACAUCAUCCCUGAAACCUGUGCCCUCAUCUACCUCCAGGGUCAAAUUCGUGCCGGCCUCGCACUCGCCGAGGAUUUCCCACUUAACUUGUGGGACAUGGAACGUGUGUAUGAGGGCGUGUAUCAGUUUCUGGAAUUCUUUGCCGUCCUCACAGAGAACAACGACUGGAAGAAGUUGCUGGUGCAAUGGGAGAUUGUGUAUGAUUUGGUGACGCUGAUAAAGGAGCUGGAUCAAAGUAUUGCAAAGGUUGGGUUGACGCAGACCAUGCCUCCUCCAACGGCAAGUGCGAAUGGGAGUGUGAAGGUGACGACGAAUGGAAGUGAACCACAGAGCACGGCCGGUAUCGAACCUCCGGAGCAAGCAUCAACACUUCCUGCCCACGUUGCCGUUGAAAGACCGUAUGAUACUACUGUCCCAGCGGGAGAAUCGGCGCAGGAGAAUGGCACCUCAACAAUCACCGAGUCGCUCCCACAACUGCCAAAUGACCUCCCCUCACCGUCACCCCCUGCACAGGCUCCACCCGCAGCAGCAACCGUGACCGAGGAACCAGCAGAUUUCGAAUGGCGGAACCUCAAGAAACUGAUUGUGCUGGUGUUGUCGAGCUUGGUCUGGAAGUCGCCGACAGUGCAAAACCAGAUCCGGGAGUAUGGCGGAGUUGAGACGAUCCUGAGUUGUACAACCUAUGAUGCAUGCAACCCGUACAUCAAAGAACACGCCCUAAUGUGUCUCAAAUUCCUCUUGGAGAACAACCCGGAAAACCAAGCCCUCGUCUCUUCCCUCGAGGCCAGGGAAAUUGUCCCCCCGCCUGGUGCUGGUGAAAAGGACGCAGAGAUUUUGAGAGAGACGACCGAGAGGUUAGGGUUGGAGGUGCGCUUGGGAGAGGAUGGGAGGGCGAGGUUGGUCAGGAGAGAGGGUGGGCAGGGUAACCACCUGGGAGGGGCGAGCUCUAGAAGGGCGAUGAUGCCGGCGGCGGACAGGAAUCUGAAUGGAAGGAGUGGGAGUGGGAGGAUCGAGGAAGUUGGGGAUGAUGACGAGUAUGAUGAGAUGGAGGCGUUGGGGUUAGGCGUGAAUGGAGACGAGGCUGAAGAAGGCAAGGGGAAGGAUAAAGGGAAGGGCAAAGAGAGGGCGGUGGAUCUGGAUGGCGAUGAAGACGAUGAUCAAGAGAUUGAAUUCAUGUGA